AUGGCUACUGAUAUCGACAUUAUGGCAGGCAUGGAGGCCGACCCCAAUGAUGUUCAAAUCGUGUCGAUCCGACCCAAGAAAUUGAUAGAGGUGGUCGAACCCAGUCCCCGAUGGGCAGCAACUUUUGCCUUGAUCGCGCAGCGUAUACAGACAGCGCUGGGCGACAUCGUCCUGAGUAUCCAGCAUGUCGGAUCCACGAGCAUACCGAUAGCUGCGAAAGACGUCAUCGAUAUCGACUUGAUCGUAACUGAUCCUAGCGAUGAGGGCGCCUACGUGCAAGCACUCGAGAAUGCAGGCUUUCAGUUCCUCCUCCGGGAGCCAGCCUGGCACGAGCAUCGGCUCUUCGGUCUCGCAGAACCGUACGCGAAUGUUCACGUCUUUGGACCCAAGAGCGCUGAACACGCGCGACAUCUUCUGUUCAAGAAAUGGCUGAUUGAGCACGAGGACGACAGGCUGCUGUAUGAGAAUGCCAAGAGAGCGGCAGCAGAGGCAGGCCGCAAAUCCGAGGAUACAGUGACUCAAUACAACAAAAGAAAAGAGCCAGUGGUCAGAGAGAUACUCAACCGAGCGUUCCGGGCCCAGGGACUCCUUGCUUGA